AGACAAACUUAUUUGAAUGACAGCCGAGGCGACAGCUAAAUAAAGAAAUGUGAUCGCAUUGAACUUUGAAGCUGUGAAAUAAAUUAAAAUGACAGUCCAGCAGGUUAGUUCGAAUAUUUCUGACGACUCCGAUGAUAUGGUGAGUUUACCACCCGAAGACGAGGUUUACAGACGUAAAUAUCAAUUGUUAUUGGAGCGAUGUGAAGUGUUACAACAGGAUAACGAGAGAAUAGUGAAUAGAAUACAUGAAGCGAAGAAAAUCACAAAACGUUAUCGCAAAGACAUAAAAUUGUUAGUCGAGAGAUUGGAUCGACAUGGAGAUGCAUUUCGAACAGCGUCAAUGGAAGUGGAAACGAAGCCCGAGAUAAUUACACGGCCGACUAGUAGACCAGCAACGAAGACUCAACCAAUUAGUAAACAAAUUGAGAAAGUAACUACUGCUGUAGUAAAAAAACCAGGACCAAAAAGGAAAACUAAGGCUGAUAAGCCUGAACGUGACCCCAAUGCUCCCAAAAAGCCAUGCAAUGCAUUCUUUCAAUUUUGUCAAGAACAGAGACCUCUUGUUGUAGCAGAAAGUAAUUCUGAAAUGGGUUCUGAACCUACAAAACAAGAGGUUACAAGACAGCUAGCAUCAAGAUGGAGAGCACUUAGCAAUGAUGAAAAAAGGGUGUAUGUAGCAAUGUUUGAAAGAUCGAAAGAAAAAUAUGCAGAAGAAUUAACAGCUUACAAUAUCAAGAAAGAACAAUGACAAAAACUGACUAGAAAUAGCUGUUAAAUUUAAUGUGAUAGUCAGCUUUAAGAUUAGUUAUUAAUACAACAUUUCAUUCAGUUUAUGAAUUUCUUAGUAUAAAACCAAUGCUAAUUAAGUAUAUCUUAUGACAAGUAAGUUGGAGAUUUUGUGUAUUGCGUUUAACAAUUUUCACUUAAAGAUAAAUACUCCUAAUAUAUCAUCUUAUUAUAAAACAAGAACUAAAGUUAGUAGCUACUUGGUUUUAACCAUAGGCCAUCUACCUAAAGCAAAUUAACAAUGACG